AGCUGCCCACAGAUCAGGGUUUUCAUUGCUUGUCAUGGCGGUAGUGAAGGUGGAGACCAGUUUGGAGUUUCCUGGUCGGAUCAGAGCAGCGAUGGUGGAAUGAACUUUCUUUAGACCUGCAACAGGCUGAUCGGUGGUUUGAUUCCUCACAGCAACAAGGUCCUGGUUGAAUCCUGGCUGUGGACUUCCCACAUGUUAACUGAACCCAGCUGGAGUUACUGGUCUAGUUCCUGUUUGAGGUGUUGUCAUCUUUCUACACCUCCUCCCCCAUCUUUGUGUCUCCACUAAAGAAGAAAAACUCCUCCACCAAACAGAGUUCAGCUCCUCCCCCGCCGGUCACGGACCACUCCCCCCAGUCGAUGGGAGCCGUGUAAUCCUCUGUGAAGGGCCCGUACGGCUGCACAUGCUCUCCUUUGUCAUGGUGGCUGUUGUUGCUGAGGCCUCCCUCAGGAGAGACCAUGAGGGAGAGCAGACAGCAGAGUAAAGCUCACAAGGGAGGAAGAAGAGCUUCCUGGGCCAGAGGAUGGGAUUCAGAGGGGGUGAAACUACGUGAUGCGGGACGACCAUCAUCACCCACCAAUAACAGAUUGGACCAACAGCCAACGUUGGGGAUAUUUGCCUCCUGCUGACCAGCAGCGAGGAAUGUACUGAAGAGAACUUAUAGUUUAAUUUUUUUCCCCCCGUUGGAUGAUUUUUCUAUAUUUUCUGUACUGAGUGGACUUUUCUGGUUCGCUGCCACCAAAAGUGCCUUUUUUGUUGUGACUUGUGUGUUUUUUACUUUUCUCUCUGUUUCUAGAAAACACACCGUGACUGUCAGUGUUUUUCUACCUUAACCGGAACAGGUUAAGCCUACAAUCAUCAUUUAGCUGCAGAUUAUUUCCGAUUGAUCAGUUCCCCACUGCCUACUCCUACACCACACACACACCUGUCACCAUGGUAACCCUACAGUCCAAGUGGCGCUACUUGUUCAUGUUCCUGGGCAUCCAGCUGGUUGUCAUGGCGCUGCUGUCUAGAGAGGGAUACCAGAAGAGAGUCACCUACUUCAUCCGCAUCUUCCGCAAGACGGACACGACCAGUCCUCCCCUCCGCAACCGCACGACGCCCAUCUUCGUCGGAUCGGACGUUUACGCCAAUCUCUCCCAUCUGCCCAGAGUUCAUGGCCAUGAGGAGGACAUGGUGUACUGUCCGAAGACGUCCCCCCUCAUAGGGGGGCCGAUCCACGUCAGCUUCCCAUCGGGGCUCACCCUGGCAGCGGUGGAGAAGAAGAACCCGCUGGUGGUCCGUGGAGGUCGCUACAGACCACCUGACUGCAUGGCGAGACACAAGACGGCCAUCAUCAUCCCCCACCGACUCCGAGAGCACCACCUCAAGUUCCUGCUCUACUACCUUCAUCCCUUCCUGCAGCGGCAGCAGCUCAGCUACGGGAUCUACGUCAUCCACCAGGCGGGAAACUACACCUUCAACAGAGCCAAGCUGAUGAACGCUGGUUUCCGGGAGGCCAUGAAGGAGGAAGACUGGGAUUGUCUCUUCUUCCAUGACGUUGACCUCAUUCCCGAGGACGACCGCAACAUGUACGUCUGUGACGCCAACCCCAAGCACGCGGCCAUCGCCAUGGACAAGUUUGGCUACAAGCUUCCGUACAAGAUGUAUUUUGGAGGCGUGUCAGCUCUGUCGCCACUGCACUACCUGAAGAUGAACGGCUUCCCCAACAACUACUGGGGCUGGGGUGGAGAGGAUGACGACAUCGGCAUCAGAGUGUCUCUGGCAGGGAUGUCCAUCUCCCGCCCGUCGCUGCAGAUCGGCCGCUACAAGAUGAUCAAACACAAGCUGGACAAAGGCAACGACAUGAACCCGAAGAGGUUUAACAUGCUGGCUAAGACCCGUCAGACCUGGAAGAUGGACGGGAUGAACACGGUUGAGUACAAGCUGGUCUCGCACCAGUACCUUCCUCUCUACACCAACAUCACUGUUGACAUCGGCACGGAGGCGGGGCUUCAUGCUCCGGCUCAACUUCAGAAAGCUGCAGCCAACAACAAACUCUGAGGGAAACGCUCCACUCUGGAGGAAUCCUGGAUUCCUCCUCUUCUUCUGUGGUUUGAGGAGAGUCAGAUGGCUGGGAGCUGAUGUAAAAAACCGAUCUGGGGACUGAACUCUAGCGUGUCGGCUCCUACGAUCCGUCACGUCUGAUUAGUUCUUCCAAACGAGCCAGAGGGGUAAUGUUGGACUCUAUGAGUUUGUGUAUCUGCAGUGCUGUAGUCGCUGCCAAAACCCUGUGAGGCCUUAGACUCUUCAUUUCUCUUUCUCUCAUACUUAGAAUAUUAUGUUUGAAGGCCGCAGCCGCAUCGAGCUGCUGCCGUCGGUUUUUCUCACGUUAAAGCCAAUGAGUCCAGAAAUGGUUUGUUUGUAGGCAAAAAGCUGCUAUGGAUGCACAUAUCACUCUAGAAACACACAUGCUAAGUCCAAGCGUAGUUUUUCCUCAUUUUCUCUGUGGGAAUACGUAAGUGUGUGAGACCGAUCAGCCUCAGUCAGCAGAGCUAAUGUCUACAUUUGAUUGAAUUUAUCUUUUUGUGUAUUUGCUGCAAAAGUUGAGCUCGGCCUUCACUCGAGCUUCUGGUUCUCAUCAAAAUGGAGUCUUCAUCUUAAUGAUCAGUUCAUCCCAACCAGACACCUGGCUAUAAAAUAAUCCGACCAAGACGUCACAGUAAGAUCUGAUGAAAUCUGGUUUCCUCACUCGUGUCUCUGCCUCCUGCUGGGGGAUAGAAAUCACUUUGGUGUGGAUCUUUUCUUUCUUUCCCUCCGUAAGCUUCAGUUUUCUCUCUGACAGACUUGAUUGUACAGAUCAAAAAUGGUCCCUUUAUCUGCACUGCAGAAGAACCAAAGAAGAAGCCGAUGAAAGCUGCAACAGCUUGAAGUUAAGUCAUGCACUACAGGUGGUGGGAAUGAUUUCUGAACCCUGAGAUGAUUUUUUUUUCUUUUGUUUUUAUAUAUAAGCUGGUGUUUGUUAGCUGAAGAGUCAUUUAAACGAAGGUUUUAGGGGUUUGUUUGUGUUUUGAUGUGAAUCAAAUCAUCUGAGUUGAUAUUGUCAGGGAUGGACCUGAACAGAUGAUGCUUCAGAGUGAACUUUCCUCUCGACUCCAUUCUGAUGUGAAUGAGUGCCGCAUCGCAGGAUGUUCUGAAAUGAAGGUGGUGGCUGAUUUCUGCUCUGUUUUCUGCACACUCCAGAGAUGCCUUAAAUUCAUUAAUAAACUGAUGAUACAAAA